AUAUAGUAAUCAUUAUUGUAAUAAUGUCAUUGAAUAGAAUACGAAGAAGACAUCAAAUCUUGAAAUAUGUACCGAAAAGAGAACAAGCUACUGUAUGAUAAUUUAAGCACAUCUGGUGCAAAUACUUCGUGGUUAGUUAGUGUAAAAUAUAGUAUACAUCGUGACGUAAAAAUAAGAGUACAAUUCAAGCAGUAAGUAGAGCUGGUAAUAUUGUCCCCAAUAAUGAAUCAAAUGGAAUACAAAUGAGUUAUAGCUUAUUAUUUCCAAUUAUACCCAACAAUACCUCCCAGUUUUUAAAUGUUCAAUUCGAUAACUACUCCUCUAGAUGCAUAUGAAUUUCAAAGAGAAAAUCUUAUAUUUAGCUUGAUACCGUUAUCAGAGUUGUCUCUGCAUAUGAGAUCACACACUAUCCCUAGAACUGUACAUUUUCAAAAUGUAGAACAGUUCAUGUUUCCUAUAACUAACGAAAUGCCUUAUUUCGAUUCAAGUUAUAGUAACGAGCAGUUAUCUAGUACUAAUCAGUUAAACAACAAACGAUGUAAGAGUACUUAUAAUAUUGUUUUAUCUCCGACAAAUCAAGAUAAUAAUUUACAAACAUAUCGGCAAUAUCAAGAACAAUUGCAUUUCCCAUGUCCAAGACCAUGGAGUACUUAUUAUCAACAACACAUUUCAUCCGUCGAUUCAAAAACCGAGAUUCGCAAGGACUGUACAACAGUUGAUAUUAAUAACAAGGCUUUUAAAACGCAUUGUUUUACAAAAUUAUCUAAUAAAUAUAUAACUCAAACUAAUAAUACCACUAAAGUAUCUCCAAAGACUAUUAUGAUAAGCAGUAAAGACGCCGCAUCUCAAACAAUUGAUAUUGAAACACGAUAUUCUCCGAUAACAAGACGAAAAUUAAGAGAAAAGGUUUCAUGGGUUCUCACUGAUUCUUGUGAGAAAAAAGAGCUUAAUAAUAAUAAUGCUCAAGCGAGCCUGGCGGAGUCCAGCCGCAAGUUGGACCUAUUACGAUUGUCAUUAGAGUUACGUCGCCAGGAGCUACCGCCCGAUAGUGUGACAGCCGCUCAGCUAAAGCGGGAGCUAGCCAUUGUCCAGUCUGCGAGUCCUAUACCUGUUACUUAUACCUCUCUUCAGCCUUUUCGAGGACCACUCGAGGGUAGAACCACGGUACCCGCAUCCGUAUCAAGAUGCGCUGCAGUUACCGGGCAGCUUGAGGUUAGGUUAAUGGGUUGUCAAGAUUUAGCUGAAGAAAUACCGGGACGCACGAGACGAGAACAUCCAGCAAGUCCUGAUUUACGUAGUUUUGUAAAAGGUGUAACGGGUCGUAGCUCUAGUAAAUCCUACAGUGUUAAAGAUGAAACAAGUAAUGACAUAAUGGCAGUGAUAAAGUUGGAUAAUGUAACAGUUGCACAGACAAAUUGGCGGCUGUGUUCACAGCAGGCCUGGGACCAGAGGUUUUCAAUUGAGCUAGACAAAUCCCGAGAGUUAGAAAUCGGUAUCUAUUGGAAGGACUGGCGCUCACUCUGUGCUGUUAAGUUUCUGCGGCUUGAAGAGUUUAUCGAUGAUGUAAGGCACGGCAUGGCACUCCAGCUUGAACCUCAAGGUCUUCUCUUUGCCGAGAUCAAAUUUCUCAAUCCGAUGAUAUCAAGGAAACCCAAGCUACAGAGGCAACGUAAGAUAUUUAAACAGCAGGUUAAGAAUUUCCCAAGAGCCAAUCAAAUGAAUAUAAACGUUGCCACGUGGGGCAGACUUCUCAAAAGAUCCGCACCAUCCUUGAAUAAUACGCGGAAUUCUGAAAGUCCACCUUCUGGUUCACAACCGUCGCAGCUGAUGUUCGAUACGCCAACAGAUGAUAAGCUGGAAACACCGGGCGAAUUGCCAAAUCCAGACAAAGGCGGCCUUGGCGGGACCCGUCCCCUUGGUAUAUCACACUUUUCGAUGAACGACUGCUAUGGUAGUACAUCAAUUUCCUCAUCUUCUUCGUCUUUGCCUCAUCCGCCGGAUCAUCCACCCCCACCACCGCCAAUACUUAAGAAAUCGAACAUGCCCGCACCACCGCCCCCGCCUCCGGCUAAAAUCGACCAAGAGUUGCAGAGCGCGUUACGGGAGUUUGAUUUUCUUCUCAAGGAAGAAAAGUCGGGGCAACAGGGGGCAAGUUUGAGGCCUCUGGUCACGGAACCCCGGCCCAUCCUGAUAGCGCCACCCUCUCCACGCACCCCCUCGCCGCAACCUGUCGUUGAGUUUCCCGACGAAGAGGUAGCGUACGAGGUGCCGUUACCAACGAGGCCGCUCCAAUACCGUGACAGUGCCUACGAAUCUCGUCGACAAUCACAGUUGACAGGCAUGAGUCUUGACAACUUUAGGCUGCUUUCAGUUCUCGGUAGAGGACACUUCGGCAAAGUUAUACUCGCUCAGUAUAAAAAUACGGGCGAGUAUUUUGCGAUAAAAGCAUUGAAGAAGGGCGAUAUUAUAGCGAGAGAUGAGGUCGAGUCACUUCUCUCUGAGAAGCGGAUUUUCGAGGUCGCCAAUGCUACAAGGCAUCCCUUCCUCGUCAAUCUUUUUGCAUGCUUUCAAACCGAUGCACACGUUUGUUUCGUAAUGGAAUAUGCUGCCGGUGGCGAUCUGAUGAUGCAUAUCCAUGCUGAUGUUUUCGGAGAACCACGCGCUGUCUUCUAUUCAGCUUGUGUUGUAUUAGGUUUACAAUAUCUCCACGAAAGUCGUAUUAUUUACAGAGAUUUGAAAUUAGACAAUCUACUUUUGGAUACAGAGGGUUAUGUAAAAAUUGCUGAUUUCGGCCUGUGCAAGGAGGGUAUGGGCUAUGGAGAUCGUACAGGAACUUUCUGUGGUACUCCAGAAUUUUUGGCUCCUGAAGUUCUUACAGACUUAUCUUAUACACGUGCUGUUGAUUGGUGGGGACUCGGAGUAUUGAUUUUUGAAAUGCUUGUUGGAGAAUCACCCUUUCCUGGCGAUGACGAGGAAGAAGUAUUUGACUCGAUUGUUCACGAUGAAGUUUGUUACCCACGUUUUUUGUCCUUGCAUGCGAUUGCCAUAAUGAGACGACUCUUAAGAAAAACUCCAGAAAGAAGAUUGGGAAGCAGCGAACGAGAUGCCGAAGAUGUUAAAAAACAGGCAUUUUUUAGGCACAUUGUUUGGGACGAUUUACUGCUUAGGCGUGUGAAACCUCCGUUUGUUCCAAUUAUCCACUCAGUAGAGGAUGUAAGCAAUUUUGAUGAAGAAUUUACAUCCGAAAAACCGCAACUUACACCACCAAAAGAUCCACGACCAGUAAGUGAAAUGGAACAGGCUUUGUUCAGGGAUUUUACCUACAUGGCUGAUUGGUGCUAGCUAUAAUAAAAUGAAGAAACAGGGUUUCAAAAUACAUUUAAGUCUUAAUUAAUAAGUUAAAAUUGAUGCAGCUCUUUUGAUUACAAAUUUGUUACAAAUGAUUUUAGUUAAACAAUCAUGAAAAGAAAAUCCCUCACUUAUUCAUUCAUUAUGCGAUUCAU